GUAGUUUUAAAGUUCAAGCGGAAAGGUGGCACGAAAAGAGUAGUGCCAUCCAACUGAGACAGACACCCCACUCCAAGUUUCCCUCUCUCUCUCUUUUCGCUUUUUCUCUCUCAAAAUUAAGUGUCUCUCCUGAGAUCGAUUAAUACCCUUCAAUGACCACCAAGGAACCAAAACAUUGCAUUGAACCUAACCAUCCGAGAACGGGAACGACAUCGUCAUCUCGGAUUUUCUCUCGCAACACACCCGACUGAUGGUCGGUCUUGAUUGCUGGAUCAACAAAUGCAAGAGCACUCACUCACUCGGUCUUCUGGGUGGAGAGCUCUAUGCCACUACCGUAAAAUCCCCUCACACUUGAGGAGAUCGUUGCUUGAGUGUUGGCAGAGGUUACCUUCCUUGCCUUUGGUAGACACUAACGUCGUAAGACGGUAACCACGUGAAGCAAUAACAUCCAGCCGAUGAAGUUACCAGGAGAACGACGAGCGACGAAAACCAAAUGCAGAGAGAGAGGGAGAGAGAAAAAGAGAAGAAAUUGUUUCACUCGAGCCCUCUGGGAAGCUCUGGUCUCAAAAGCAACUGUACUUUAAAUUGACUCCCUCCCAGCUCCUUCUUCCAUCCAAGUUCCUCCAGAAGAGUACAAGUCCAAUCAACUCGAUUCGCUGGAGAGAGACGAAGCAGAAGAAGAAGAAGAAGCAGAAGAAGCCCCUUUUCGAUAAGGAAGCAUUCUCAAGCCUCCAAUUCAGACCAAAAACUACCUGUGACACACAUCUCUCUCUCUCUCUCUCUGAUCUUUCGUUCAAUUGUAACUCAGUGCUUGAAUCGAGAAAACCAUGAAGAUUUGGUGGACUGUUUGUCAGUUCUUUGGGGUCUUGUUUUGGACCUCCGAGUCCCGAGGGGAGAGUUGCAGGUCCUCGGGGACAGUGUUUUCAGAAGCAUUGACUGUACAAAAGGAAGAAACUUGUCACAAGAUCACCCACAGAGCUUCUAAUAGCUUCCCGGACGAGCUGAGGCUAUGGAUAAAUGACAUGGAAUCCUCAGCUAUCGACCCUUUGGGAAUUAAGGACAUGCCAUCAGAUGAUCCCCUGUCAACCUCGUGUUUCUCCGAAGACGACGUGGAAGCCAUCUUUGCCAAAUCAGGUGACAACAAGACAUCCAAGCUGGAGAUGAAACCUCUCACGAACCUCCAAGAUCUCCACGGGGCUGGCAGGAUUGUUUUCAAGAACGGCACUCGUCUGGAAUCAUCCUACUUCCAAUCCGGCUGGGUCCGUAAUGGGUUCCCCGCCAUGAUGUAUUCAACCGAUAAGACCACUUUCUUUCUGGGCAAUAUGGUCCGAGGAGGCUGCUUUCACGGCCUCGUUCGUGGUUUCAAUGUCAACACCGGCUUUGUCAGUCUCAUUUUGUCCUUCGAUAAUGGAACCCCAAAUGGACCCAUGUGGAACGUGCAGCGCUCAAAGAUUGACAACUACCUAGUCGGAUUACUGUACCAAGGCGAGGCCAAAUUUUCGGCUCAAACACCGCCUCUGGAUUUCACAGGGAAACGGAUCUCGUUUGUUUAUCCCGAUUUUAACACAACAAUCCAAGGGAGCUUCAAGAAGGGCGUGAUGCUUCUGACUCAAGAGGUCAUAAUGAAAGGUCUCUCUACCACCAAAACUGGCCUGAAAGUGUUACAAACUUCAGAGCCUUUUGGAGUCCCUUACAAAAGAGACGUGUCCACUGGCACCUUUCUCAGCUCAGAUCCAUUGCUCAGAGACCCGUUUGAGUCGAAAAUGGUGACCGUGGGCACGUCGAGCAUUCCUAAUGCAGGGGAUGGCGUUUUCACCCUUCAAGACAUCCCAAAGGGAACUGUGAUUGCCUAUUUCAAUGGGAUCCGACUCAAAGAGAAGCACAUCUUUAAUCCAAUGCGAAUCUUCACGAAGAAAUCCGUUUACUUGGUUGAAAUCGGAGAGUACGACGACUUCCUGGACAUUCCUGCUCAAUAUUCCAAUUGGACGACCUACCAAGCCACGGCCGGUCACAAGGUCAACCAUGGAAAGAAGGACAACUGCAAAUACUCCGAGUGUCAACACCCUAGAUUUGGCACCGUUCUUUGCUUAGCCGUCAACAAAGACGUGAAAGCUGGCUCGGAAUUAUUCACUCUGUACAAUGUUUCGUUCGACAAACAAGGCAUGAAGUCGUUGCUUAAGACGGCAUUGAGCAUUGGACACCUUGUGAGUGGCAAGGAUAAGAAGACUUUCGUGAAAGGCGUCAAGCCUUAUUUGCACAUGGCGUCCAAGUGGGCCGAACUAAUUAAAAUUGACGAUCUUGUGCAAUUCGAGAUUUGAAUGAGGGUCUUCUCGUACCCUCGUACAUUCUCCAACGGAAUCAGGUGUCGGAUGAAUUGGGUAACAGUACUAACGUUUAUUUCGCUUUUAUUAAUGGCUUCCAAAGUCCAAUUUUCUUACUCCAACUGUGAUGAUGAAAAAUAUCGAGUGCAAUCAUGACAAUAUGCCUUCCAUAAUACGAUAUCAAUAAAGAAAUUGCAAACGCUUGACAUGGAAUAAUAGGAUGCUCUAACAGAUGGUCCAAGGUUCUUUGAAUAAAGAAUAGAAUUUCCA